AUACCUAGGCAUCAGUCUGAAUGCAUUCAUGAAAGGUUGCCCUGGAUGCUGUAGGAAGCAAGAUGACUUAGGUGGCCCUACCCAGAGGUGCACCAGCUGGGAUGCAGCGGGCACGCAUGGACACUGAUACCAUCGGGGCCGAUGGGGCCGGCGAGGGACCGCAGCGGGCGGUGCCCUGGUCGGCCUGGGUCACGAGGCAGGACUGGGUGCGCUGGUGCUGGUGCCACAUGCCCCGGAGCUGGACCCAGUGGUGGGUCACGUCAUGCUGGCGUCAGCCACUGCAGCGCCUGCUGUGGGGCCUGGAGGGCAUCCUGUACUUGCUGCUGGCGCUGAUGCUGUGCCACGCGCUCUUCACCACCGGCUCCCUCCUGCUGAGCUCCCUGUGGCCCGUGGUGGUCGCUGUGUGGCGUCACUUGCUGCCUGCCAUCCUGCUGCUGGUGCUCAGUGCCCUCCCUGCCCUGCUCUUCACUGCCUCCUUCCUGCUGCUCUUCUCCACACUGCUGAGCCUCGUGGGGCUCCUCACCUCUAUGUCUCAUCUAGGCCAAGCUCAGGACUUGGACCAAUAGAAGGGCAACCCCA